AUGCCGGGCGUCCAGGCGCAGCAGCUCCUCUACGCGUCGUCUUCGUCUUCGUCGUGCCAAGGAACGACAGAGCCGCAGGGGAUGCCGGCGUCGGCAAGGAAGUACCGAGGGGUGAGGCGGCGGCCGUGGGGGAAGUGGGCGGCGGAGAUCCGGGACCCGCAGAAGGCGGCGCGGGUGUGGCUGGGGACGUUCGCCACGGCCGAGGACGCGGCGCGGGCCUACGACGCAGCCGCGCUCCGCUUCCGCGGGAGCCGCGCCAAGCUCAACUUCCCCGAGGACGCCGCGGCCGCCACCGCCCGCCGCGCCACGGACGCGGCCGCGGCGGCGUCCUCGAAGCCAGCCGCGGUGCUGGAGUCGCAGCAGCAGCAGGGCAACGACGUGAUGGACUACCUGGAGUACUCCAGGAUCCUCGAGGGGACGACGGGGCCGAGCGAUUUCCUCUUGGGCGGCGGCGAAGGGAACGGGAACGGCCGCUUCCUGGGUUCGUGGAGCAUCGGGACGGCGCCGGCGUCGUCGGGAGCCAGCGCGUCGCUCGCAGGGGCCGGGCCCGCCUCCGCGAGUCCUCUGUUUCAAUGCGGCAGCGGCAGCGGCAGCAGCUGGAAGCAGAGCAGUAAGUAUGGAUGGAAUCUAUCAAAGAGCCAUCUGAAUUCCCCAUCUCCGGAUGAUCGCCCCGCCCCCACUUCAUUCUUCGAUUUGGCAUAACAAUUCGAGUGCCCCGGCUAAAAUUGCACCUCCGACGGCAGAAACGACGGGAGAGCAGCAACCUCGAGCGACGACCGGAGGCGGGCGACCGAUCGGGGAUUUUAGGACUAACCGCAGAUAAUCAGGAAGCAAAUAAAGAUGUACUACUCCGUAGAAUUUACAUUCCUGCAACAUGUAGACUUGGUCCUUUGUUUAUGGUCAAUUGCAAUCGAUAAUUCAUUUGGCAAUCUCAUGCCCUGUU